GAUUAAAGUUUUAGCAAAACGUUUAAUUCUUACCAUCAUAUUCACAUAACAAUGGCAGCACUAAUUCCAGACAUCAAAUCAUUAGCAGGCAGUUCAGCCAGCAAACCAGCCAAAGUGCCUCAAGUAGGCGAAAAAGCACCACAAAUUGAAGGUAUAAACUAUACAUCUUCAUCACAUAUCAUUGCUUUCGUUCGUCAUUGUGGUUGUCCGUUUGCCGAAAAAGAAGUUCGUCAAUUAGCUGAAAUCAGUAAAAGCCAUCAAAAUAUCCGCAUUGUUGUCGUCGCUCAUUCGGAUGAAAGCGUCGUGCAAGAUUGGUUCAAACGAAUUGGUGAACCACACUUUGAUAAACAGGCAUUAGAAUCCAGAGUUACUGUCAAAGCAGAUCCGAAUUACACACUCUUCAAUGCCUUCGGAAUCGGUCAAUUGGGCUGGACGCAAUUGUUCACAAGACAAAUUUUCGGUUCUCUGAAGAGCUUGGCAAGUGAAGGGAUCAAAAACACACAAACAGGUCAUGGUUCGAACAGAUGGCUAAAUUCCGGCGGCUUUGCAAUCGAUCAUGGAGGUAACGUUCGAUGGGCAAAAGUAGCAGAACAGGCAGCAGACGUUUGCAAUUACGAAGAGGCUGUCAAGACUGUUGCUUAAGAUUAACGUUGUCUAUAUCUCACAGAAUUGUGAAAGCCAGCGCGCGGCUUUUACGCACUUUUGUCAAAGAUGUUUGUUAUAAUGAUACAAUCUCUAGGGUAUUAGCAAAUGGUGUAUACCUCUCUGUCGAAGCGGUCAUGAUUAUAGUUGACUUACUGCGGCGCAGGAGCUGCAGAAGACCAUGAGUAGAUUUGUCGAUCCAGACGCCAUUGAGCUGAACGUUGCGAAUGAAUAUCUGAACUUCCUUGAAUUUGUAUUUUAGCUGUCAAGGUAUACGAUCUGUACUGAUUCACCUCACAAAGCAUCGUUCCUAUCAACGUUUGACCUUUGUUGACCGC